UAGUUGGUUUAGGUGAGGUGGACUUCAAACAACGGCCCAGAUUCUGUAUCCCCUCUCCUCCCAUCUCCUUUAUUUUGUCUCUUGGUUCCUCAUCUUUCCUUUCAUUUCCACUCCCUAUCUCUCUUUCUUUGAAUACAUCAGUAGAGAGAAAGAGCAAAAUUCACCCCCUCCCCGAAACAUAUAACGGUAUGUUGCUUGGUAAACGCACACGCCAUCCGAUCAAAAGGACCGCAAGCAUGACGGGGAUCACGGUGGAUGUCCUCUCAAACGUUGAGGAUAUUGUCCAACAAUCAUUUAUAUCCCAUGAUCCUCCCGGCCCUCCAAACCACCCUUUCCAUGAUUUCCCCAAACCCAACUUCGCUUACGAUCAACAUCCCUUGGCCAUGGUGUCGCCCAGAAACCCCGGUGGUGUUGGAAGUUCAGGUUUUACUACUAACCAUGUUCUUGAUAGCUCUGCUCCGUUUUUACGCUCUUGUUGCCUCUGUAAACGCCGCUUAGCUCCUGGUCGUGACAUAUAUAUGUAUAGUUCCAUUCUUUUACCCAAUCAUACUGGGUUGAAUAUAAUAUAAAAAUUGCAGGGGGGAUACACCGUUUUGUAGUCUAGAGUGCAGGGAACAGCAGAUGAAGCAGGACGAAAGAAGAGAAAAAUGGGACACUGUAGCUUCAAACAAAGAAGGUCGCCAUGCAUAGCAUACCCAUACCCCAAAGCCAUAUGCUUCAACUAAAAUCGACCAAACUGGCAACUGCCCCAUGCUUCAGCUUGGAACAUUAUAAAUCAGCUCUCAAGUGUAAGUAAUCUCAAGUAGAAGAGCCUAAAUCCAAACCCAUCCCAAAAUAAGAACAGUGAAAACCAAUCCUCUUUCGUCAUCGAUUAAUCUGCUCGCCUCCAAUAUUGGAACCCACUCAUGUUUCACAGUAUUAUAGAAAAAAGAUUGAUGACGAUGAUGGUGAUGACAACAAUAUUAUGGGUGUGCUGUAAUAUUAUAUAAAAAGAAGAAACAAGUAAAUAAUGGUUGCUGUUGUAUUAUAACUAUGUGGAUGCUGAUGCGAAUGAAUCUGAGCUUGAGAUCAGCAUUUAUGAUUCCAA